CGCCUCCACCCUUCACGAACGAAAAUGCAGAGCUCAGGGUUCCAGCAGCCGAGUCUUUUCAGCUCUACGAGUGGACAUCACUCCCAGUCCAACUUUCGCGCAUGGGGUGGCAGCAGUCAGGCAGCGCCCGCGACGGCUCCUCCUUUAAACGACUCCCUUGUACAGUCACGAAGCCAGUAUCAGACUGGGUAUCUCAUUUCUUCACAGCCGAACAACCCGCCUCAGGGCAGCCCCCGCAACGAUGAACCACCUAUCAUCCAGACCAAAGCGAAAAUGAGCCACGUCCUUACGCGUGGCUCGAACUCCGAAUUUGGCAUGGAGUCCAUGUUCCAAAGCUCGAGGUCAAGGCAGACCAUCGCAGAUGAGGAUGCACCUCCCACCGCAUCCAUUAACGACCUUCCCAACGAAAUGCACGCCACACCCACGUCCUCUAAUUUCCAGCCUCGCAAUUCCGCCUUCGGCUUCGACAUGCCCCCCUCCCGACGCACUCCCAAGCCCACACAGACCCAGUCUUCCUCCGCGACACCUCUCUUCGUCCUCGUCUUUGGCUACCCGCCAGAGGGCUACAACACGACCGCGCAGUACUUCCAAGACCUUGGCGACGCGACAGACCCAGAGGAAACAGGCGUGCAGAACUGCUUCCGCAUUGGGUACCGGAACCCCACCGACGCCCUGCGCGCGGUGCGCAAGAACGGCGAGGUUCUCGGCAAUUGGAUGGUCGGCGCGAUGUGGGCGGAUCCAGCCGUAGCGCAAGCCCAGCUCGGCCCCGCGCUCCUCCAGUCCUCCGCCCUCGCCGCAGACGUCGCCCUCUCCUCCCCGCCGCGCACCAGCAUGGGCAUGGAGGUCGACCGGCCGCUUUCGAACGCGAACGGCUCCGGCUUCGGCACGCCCAACCCGAACUCCAACCUCCCCGCCUUCGGCACGCCGAUCAAGCUGGGCUCGUCGGCGUCGGUGUUCAAGAAGAACAACCCGGGCGCGGCGCCGGCGACUCCGGUCGCCCCCGUGCAGGCGAACAGGGCGCCGAUGGCACAGGCGACGCCUGCGCAGGCGUCGCCGAGCAAGGGUGUGGUUGCGCAGGUGUCGGAUAUGUUGUUUGGAUGGUAGAUGGGGUGUGGUAGGUUAUGAGAGUAGGAGGUUGUCCUGUCAGUCGCGUAGCAGAGCUGUUCGAUGCCACUGAGUGUACGAUGUGUUGUUCGAGUUGAUUGUCGUUAUCUACCACUGUCAAAGAGCUGUCUGCAGCUCCUCAAGGUG